CGCGCGCACACACACACACGGACAGAAAGGAGAAAAAAGCGCCUUCCAAGUUUUUCUCUUUCUCCAUACAGGACCUGUUACGAUUUCCAGGAAGAAAAGUGAAUUGUUCGUAGCUAUUUCCCAUUUCGCUGUCCUCUUUUGUAUACCUAUCUAGGGUUCUGACGUUUUCAAUUCAUUAGGUUCACCUAAUCUUUGCGUGUUGCAUGACGAGCGCUUCGGAGCUAUUCUAUAAUCGAAGAUCUCGAAUCAUCCGUAGCACUAACACCCUUGAUUUACCGGAUGAUCUCUCACUCCAACGGACCAUAAACGGAGGCCAUCGUCGCCAUCAUGGAAACGGCCGGAUCGAUCGCGUUGUUGAUCUCAACGGUGGUGUCGAGCCUUUUCGCCGUUCCACCCACUCUAGGGUUUCAUCUCAUCGGCCUUCCCUCCUUCAGGAACGAGAAUCAUUUCUAAUAGAUGAAGGUACUAGUCAAUCUGCUUCAAGCAUCAUAGCCAAUUCAGAGAUCAUUGGUGGAAAUCGAGAUAGGAUGCGAUAUACAGGGAAUAGUAGUAGACUUCCUGGAGCUGUAUUACUUGCCAGGGAGAGGCUAGUUCAGAGGCUGAGGUCUGUGUCAGUAUCUGGAAACAGGGAAACCAACCGGCUCUCAUCUGGUGUAAACCACAAUCAAGGCAGGUUAGCGGAUGAUUUAAUGUUUCUCGAUACAUCAAUUUUGGAGAAUGAAAUUUCUCGUGAAUGGUCUGUACGUCCUUCGGUUCCUGAUGUCCUAUUUGUUGAAAUGCAAACAAAAAGAAGACCGGAAGGACUAUCGAUAGAGGCCCUGUGCAAAUUGCAAUCGGAGGUCUUCACAAUGAGCGAAAACUGCACGGAAGAUGAAAAGUGGACAGCAUUUCGAGAAUGUAGUAUAUGUUUGGAAACUUUUAUUGACGGGGAAGAGCUAACACGUUUGCCUUGUGGCCAUAGGUUUCACACUUGCUGCUUGUAUCCAUGGAUUACAACUUGUGGGGAUUGCCCGAAUUGUCGGGCAGGGGUAGUGAAGUCUUUUACAGAUUAACAUGAGCAUAAAGAAGGACUAUUAUUAAUUUUGAAGUAGGUUUUUGGCAUGAUGAUAAAUAAUACAGGUUUUUGAGGUGACCCUUAAUAGCUCUGUUACUGUAUCUAUUUAUUAAUAACAAGAGUUAUAAACUGACUUUGAGUUUUUUUUUUCUCUCUUUUGCAAACAAUUGUUUUUUAAAAUGUAUGAGAAUUGAAACAAUUGGAUAUCCUUAACUCAUCAGGUGCUUUGUAGAA